AUGGCCACGCGCCGCUCCCAUCAGAAAUCACGUCAUGGAUGCAGCAAUUGCAAACGAAGACGAGUGAAAUGUGACGAGAAGCGGCCGUAUUGCAAAAAUUGCACCCAACGCAAUGACACAUGUGUCUACAUUGCGCCAGUGCCUUUCGUCUUUGCAAGUAAAUCAGAAACAUCAGAAACACCAUCACCAAAUACUGCAGGUGGUAUCAGAUCUUCGUCCGAGGUUAGCAGCUCUGUCAGCAACUAUAUCUCUGCGUCGGGUGCGACAACUAGGGCUCCUCCACUCAAUUUGGACCAUCUGGAACUUGAACUCCAGUGGAUCUUGCAUACGCACAAGCUUUUCGCAAGAAAUGAAGAAACUAGGAAAGUAUGGGAAAUACCAGUGCUUCAAGAAGCACUACAUACUCCGUUCUUAAUGCAUGGAAUACUGGCUAUUUCCGCAUUACACCUUGCUUAUCUACGCCAACAUGAGCGCCAAGCAGAGUGGCUCAAUAUUGCGAUUGCACAUAAGAGCACAGCUCUAGCUAUCUUUUCAGAACAACUGCAUCAAAUCAAUGAGUCAAAUGCGAGAGCAAUGACGAGUUUUGCCUCAAUCGCAGUUGUGUUCAGCUUUGCGAGCGCACUUCAUUGCUCCGACUCUGACGACGGGCCCAGUCUGAAUGCCUUCAUUGAUAUCUUGAUGCUGGCUCGUGGAGUUCAAGCAGUAGGAAGUCAGGCAAUGGAGUUCCUUAGAAACAGCAAUUUUGCGCCUCUAUUCGAUAUCACUAACCCUGGGGCGACCGUACCCAGUGAUGUUCUUGCGGCACUCGAUUACCUUGAUGAUCUAAAUGCUCAGUAUGGUCAGCAAGGAGGGAAUCAUAAUGGAAAGUCUUACGACCGUGCGAUUCAGACCAUGAAAGAACUGGCUCCUUUUACCUAUGCGGAGCGAACGUCGUUGACGGUAGUGGGCGGAUGGGCUAUCCGAUCUCCGCCAGAGUUUCUGGAAGGACUGAAAACCCGCGAACCCUUUGCUUUGGUGAUACUUGCACAUUUCUGUGUCUUUCUGCACCUCACCCGAGAGAAUUGGUGUAUUGGAUCCUGGGGUCGACUUAUUCUAGGGGAAAUAGUCCAGAUCUUGGAUGCCGACUGGCAACGUCAUAUAAAAUGGGCAGUUGUGCAAGUGUUGAGAUGA